GGGGAAGCUGGGCCGAUAUCCUCCAUGGCCAGGAAAGAUUGUUAAUCCACCUAAAGAUCUGAAGAAACCUCGUGGAAAGAAGUGCUUCUUUGUGAAGUUUUUUGGAACAGAAGAUCAUGCUUGGAUCAAAGUGGAGCAGCUGAAGCCUUAUCACCCUCACAAAGAGGAAAUGAUAAAGAUUAACAAGGGGAAGCGCUUCCAGCAAGCUGUGGAUGCUGUAGAGGAGUUUCUUAGAAAAACCAAAGUCAAGGACCAGGCGUCUUCCCAUAACUCCAAUGAAGAGAAGAAUCGACGUAAUUCCAGUGAAGAAAGAGGCAAGCAAUCUGCUGGUGAAGAGAAGCGUAAAGCCAGUUUGUCUGAAGGGAAGCUGAAGAAGGGCACAGGGGAAGGAAAAAAGAGGGUCUCUUCUGUAUCGUCAGAGAGAGGAUCAAAAUCACCUUUGAAAAGAGCCCAGGAGCAGAGCCCCCGAAAGCGGGGGCGUCCACCCAAGGAUGAGAAGGACCUCACAAUUCCAGAGUCAAGUACAGUGAAGAGAGUGAUGACUGGAACAGUGGCUGGAUUUAAAUGGCCGCCAAGCGUCAGUGAGAUGUCCAAAACCGAUUAG